UACAAUGUUCGGUAUGAUUUAGGUAUACUAAUUUUCUACAAGACAAUUUUUACAAUUUUACAAAAAGGCCAAAUAUGUCCACUAAACGCAAUAUGUCAGGAAAUAUAGUGUGUGUACUAUCAUUAGUUUAAGUUUUUGUUUUUACUCUGUUUCAUCCAUUACCACUUUGAUGAACUAACCCCUCGUCAACUGUCAAAAUUUCGAACUGUCAAAACCGAUUUCUUUCUCUUCUUUAUUUCUUUCUUUCUUUCUUUCUCGACUCCAUCUUGGACCGCGUGGACAUCAUUUCAUAAAGGCAACCAAGACAAGCAAUAAUAUGACCAAUUCAAAGGGUUAUCGUCGCGGCACCCGAGACAUGUUCUCGCGCCCCUUCCGCAAGCAUGGUACCAUUCCCCUCUCCACAUACAUGCGUGUGUUCAAAAUCGGCGAUAUUGUCGACAUUAAAGGACAUGGUGCCGUACAAAAGGGUAUGCCCUACAAAGCUUACCACGGUAAAACUGGUCGUGUAUACAACGUUACCCCACAUGCCGUUGGUGUCAUUGUAAACAAACGUGUGCGCGGUAAGAUCCUACCCAAACGUAUUAAUGUACGUAUUGAACAUGUUCAUCACUCCAAGUGCCGUGAGGAUUUCUUGCGCCGUGUUAAGGAGAAUGAACUCAAAUUGAAGGAAGCUAAAGCUAAGGGCGUAUAUGUGAAUUUGAAACGUCAACCUAAAGCACCUAAAACAGCUCACUUCGUUAAGAAGAUUGAGGAACCAAUCCAAUUGGCACCAAUUCCAUACGAAUUUGUUGCUUAAGCGGGGCUUUUUUAUGUAUGUAAAAUCAGUUUUUUAGAAAGUAUGUAAAAAUAAAUAUAUAGAAACAAAUUCUAUGGAAA